CGCACGAAUGCAGCAUGCAGUACAACGAGAACUCGACGUUCGACUCGUUCACAGAUCUCAUCAACACGACAACACGUCCGUCGGAAAAGAGGUACGUCUUGGACCACUGGGCUUUUAAGUUUUUCUCUUAUUUCUUUGGCAUUGCUUUUGGUAUUUUUUCGCUUUGCUGCCUUGUUUUCAUCGUUCGACAAUGUAAGCAGCCAUCAAGCAGUCGGAGCAUCCACAGUCGCUUUACAACUGUUCAACUGUUUGUGGCAGCGGCUUUGAAAGAAGUCGCGCUAUUUUGGUCCCCUCUGCUGUUAGACGGUGAAACAACUGAAAUAGUAUUAAUAACACUACUUGUAGAUUGUGUCUCGGUAGCGCUGAUUCUGACUGCUUUCAGCAUUCUUCUCCUCAUAUUGCUGGAAUCAACCAAAAUAUCAUUAGCUCCACCGAGGCUCCAAAACAUUUGGGUGUUGCUCGGAUUUACAGUGGUUCCGACCGUAAUUAUGCUCACAUUCAACCUGUUGGUGCUGUACGUCAGAGAAUUUUGGUACCUCGUAUCCUAUGUGACAAUUCUUGGCUGGGGAAUAUUCAUCUGCGUUGGUUACCUAAUAGCAGGACACAGGAUGUGGCGAAAUCUGAAGUCAUCGCGACAGCUCGGAACAUCUUCGGGAGAUCGAAAGCUCAGAAACAUAACCUUCCUUGUAUUCGUAGCACCGUGGAUCACUGCAGUAUUUCUAAUUCUCGACGUCUGCCUCGCUGCCAGCUUUUACGAAAUGUCAUCAGUGGCGGUCACCGAAAAGGAAAUCUGGGAGAGAUAUACGAUAGCAUUUUUGCUCCAGAGCUGCGAGUUUACAAUUGUGCUUCUGAUAUUCGGAGUUGUCGUAAGAACUAAGUCUGGAAAAGGUUCAGUUGAUAAUGCUCCAACAGUACAGUUAGGAACAUUUUUUGAUGAAGAGCCAAAGACAGAGAACUAAGAAGAUGACAACGAAUAUGGAAGUAAAAUCAUCACAGCAAAGUAAGACAUGGGAUUCCUGUGGGACGUUCUUUCUUUCCCACACAAGUAACUUUAGUUGCGAAAAAAGAAUUCAACUAUAAUAGCAAUUAGAUAGCAAAACAAGAAUACAAUGCGAGUCGAUUGAAAAUUUAAAAAAUUCUUCAAAAGAGGGAGCUACUACAAAGCCAGCGUGACGGGCACUCAGUGACGUAAAUCUAGAGCGUGAGUUUGUAGGGACGUUGUGGGAAGAGGAAAAACGCACCUCUUUCGAGCGCG